UUUGGCUUUGUUAUUAUUCAUAUAUUCAUUGUUUUUUUUAUGGUGGUCUCUGCAGACAGACAAGUGUCCGAUGACACCAACGUGGUGGUGGACGGACGUACGGAAAGGGGGGUGGAGGGAUCAUCGCGGUCUAAUCGGGAUAAGGCCGCGUAUAUUGAUGUAUCCGAGGCAUAUGAUCAUCCGCUCAUUAAAUUUCACCUGCAAGAUAAGUACUUUGAGAACUGUGACGAAUGGUACGAGUACAGCGCAGCGAACAAGAUUUAUGAGAGAGAACAACGUUUGCAUGAAUCUCAGCCUAAACUCCGGUAUGAUGUUGAAGGUAAGGUUCCCAGUGAUUUUGCGUUAAAGAGGGUAUGUGGCCGCUACCUCACAGACAAUGAAGGACUUCGAUGGACUCAGGAUGAGCUGCUACAAAUGUUGAAGAAGAAGGAGGAGGAAGUGAAUGCAUUGAGGAAUGCAUUUAUGAAAGUUGAGUUGAAUGCACGGGGAGUGGUUGAAAGUUUCAUUGAAGCGAAACGAAGUCAAGAGAUAAAAGAUUCCUCUGUGACCGAUGUUGGGGUUGUGAAGAAGGAGGUGGAUCCUGCUGAGGAGAUGGACACAGAGUUUAAGCGUUUAAUUCAAUCGUUCAUUACAAACGAUUUGUUAGAUGAAGUUUGUGAGCUUAGUACUAGAGUUCACCCGCACCUAUUGCCGGAGUGUGAGGAUUUGCGUCGGCGAUUACAAGAAGCGGAGAGUGGGGUGAGAAAAAUAUUGUUGAGAGGUGUUUUGUCAUCGGUUGAUGCUUUUUUUGCCUCGGACCUCUUUGACAUUCCAUCAAUUGCAACUUUGGAAGACCUUCCAAAAAUGCGUUUGAUUGCUAUGUUAAAGUUAUUGCAAAAUAUUGGUUCGGAGCUGGCACACAGGAAUGUGCUCUUAGAGGUGCAAAAUGCGAUAAAGUUUCCGGUAAGUAACAAGCAGUUGAGGGGAACAGUGAUCAUGCUUGGACAUGUGUACAAGCAGACACGGGAAGAGUUGAUGGAUUUAUUGUUCAAGGAUACUUUUCCUGAUCGAUGUGAUGAGGGAUUCACGAAUGGCACGGUGAGACAUUACAGAGAACAAUUGUGCACUUUGAGAAUUUUAUUGGCGGGUGAUGCCCAUUCGCCAAUGCAAUUUAUGAAGGAGAUCGAGCAUAAGAAAAGGGAAUUGAAUGCUCUGACGAGCAUAAAUAAGGAACAUGAGACGAGAUUGCAUGAGGUGCUGCUUGCGCUGAUUGAAGCACUGAGGUGUUCAUGUCCUAAGUGUGGCCGCUUAUUAAGCCAUUUGAGAAGGGGGGAUCAUAAGAUGUUUAACGAUUUGGCAGUUGUUAGACGUAAGUGUGACAACACGACAAACCUUUAUCCUGAUGGAGAUGCCAUUGUUGAUGAGCAGGAGCAGUUCGCAAUGGAAGAAAGGAGGAGGCAACUUCGUGGAGGUGACGAUCUAGAUGAGUAGUGCAAUUUGGUUUUAUGAUUCACUUUGAAGUGAAUCGUAUUCAAGCAAUAAAAUUAGAAGUGGAUUAUGUCAGAUUGAAGAAAGUAAAAUGAGCGGUUAAAG